AUGAACUCGAUGGUCCUUCAUUUCACCAAGCACGAAUUCAUUCUGGUCAAUUUCUGGAAGACCGGAACGGUCCUUGGAUUGUCCGUGUCUGUGCUUAUCGUUUUCUUGUUAAGCGUCUUAUAUGAAGCAGUUAAAGCUCUUCGUUUAUAUUUUGCUCGAAAUCGUGCCGUUGAACUACAGAAUCGACGUAUUCAAUCAAACAUUGUCAUUCGAGAGUCAUCGGAACACAUUGACAGUGUGAGCACUGAAAUGAUCUCAUACUCGCCAAUUCUCGGAUUUAGUGGAUUUCGGGCAUUGAAACAACUUUUCACGUUUUACCGAAUAGUGCAGUCAUCGUUAUAUUUUGCUCAAAUACUUCUGGCUUAUACUUUAAUGCUUAUCGCAAUGACUUUUAAUGUUUGGAUAAUACUUGGGAUUGUAUUCGGCGAAGCGACUGGUUAUUUUCUUUUUUCCGAAGAACCGAAUUCUAAUGAAAACAUUGAAACAAGUUGUUGA